AUGGAUCAUUAUGAAGUGUCAAACAAUUUUAAAUUUAUUACAUCCUAUUUCGACGAAAAUAAGGAAUUAUUCAUAAAUGGAAAUACUAGUAAAUUAAACAAAAAAAACAAAGUGAUUAAUAACCAAAAUGAAGACAAUGGAUAUAGUCAGAAAAUAAACAAACUAGAAAAUUUUAAAUGGGAUAAUGAUGUCAAAAUAAAUAAAGAUGACAAUAAGACGUUUCUAAAAUCGUUUUAUGAAAAUUGUCCAAACACAAUAACUCCUAUUAGUAGUUAUCCUCCCAAUCAAAAAUUAUGUAAUAAUCAAAAAAAGAAAGAAAAAACAAAUUUAAUUAGUUGCUAUAAAUAUAACAAUUUAUUAAACAAAAAGAAUGAAUCCCAAAAUAGUAAUGAAACAAAUUUGAAUAAUCUAAGUUAUAGUAGAAAAGAUCCUGUUAAGAAUAACUAUAAUAAAAAUUUGUCAAAUGAAUCAUUGAAUGAAAAGUUUAUUCAAUUAUUUGAAAAUAAUAGACUUAUGCUAAGUAAUGAAUUGUGUAAUAUUUCAUCAAAUAUACCAUCAAAAAAUAAAAUAUAUGUAGAUGAAAAGGAUAAAGAAAAUAAAAUAAAAUUGAACCAAAUAAAAGACAUGGACAAAAAUGAUGAAAUAAAUAAAUUUUAUAAUUCAAAUAAUAUUUAUUCUAAUCAUGAUAUAAAUCUUAAUCAAGCAAAAAAUGUUUUUUCAAAAUGUUUUAUAAACGAUGGUUUCACAUGUAGUGACAACUUUAACAAUCAGAAGAUGUGUCUAAAUAAAAAUGGAAUAAAAAACACAAAAAUGUUAAAUAGCUAUUUUGAGCAAUCGGGUAAUCAAAAUUAUAAUAAAAAAAAUAGUCGAAAUGGAUUUGCUAAAGGGUUUAGAGAUUCGUUAGGUCGGAAAGACAGCACUUUAAUAGUCAAUUUGGAUACAUCUAAAAAGGUAACUCCUUGCAGUAGUAUAUGCAGCGUUAGUCAAUUGAAAAAAAUGGUGAAUACAAAUAACGAUAGUGAUGAUGCAUUUUUUUAUAAAAAUCGAAAAUGUUUAGCUGGAAACAUGGUAGAUGGCGAAGAAAAAAAGAAUGAAAAUGGUGAAAAAAAUAAUAAAUAUCAUAGUAAUAUAGAGCACAACAAAAUAAACGACGAUUAUGAGAUGGUGGAUAUAUAUGAUCCAUGUUUUAGUAAAUGGAAAAGUGUGAAAUACAGAGGUGAAAAAGGAAAACUAUAUAGAAAUGGUAACCACGAUAAAAUUUUCAACCUUUUAAACAGUUUAAAAGAAACAUCAAUUUUUUAUCAUAAAAAUAAAAACCGAUAUAGAUAUGAUUCAUCGUAUGGUAAAGGAAAUAUUUAUUUUGAUAAUUAUGACAUUUCUAAUGUUUGUAACAAAAGUGAUGAUAAUAAAUUGAGCAAACCAUUGCAAGAAUCCAAAACAUGUUUAUUUUUUGAAACAAAAGAAACAGAAGACAAAAUGAAGAAUACAUUAGUCAUGACUAUUUUAAGCAAUGAUAGUGUAUGUUUUUCAUCCAUUAAAAAAUGUAGCAGCUUAAAUCAAGAUGAUUUAAUAAAAAAAAAAAAUAAGAAUUUUGAUUUAUGUGGGCAUUCUAAAAGUAUGGUUAUUAUAAGUAUGAAUAAAUAUGAUAUAUGUGAAAAUAAAAAAAUAUCUACUAAUAAUAUUUUGUGGAAAAAUAAAGAUUUCCAAAAUAAACAAUUUGAACUAGAAAAUGUUAAUAAUGAAAAGAUGAAAAAUGAAACUGAUGGACAUAAUAAAAAUACGAAAAGGGAUACCUCCCAAAAAAAAGGACGUUCAAAUGAUAAAGGAAAGAAUGAUUCUUGUGGGGGUAGUAAAAAUAAUGGCACAGGAAAAGAUGGCAAUAAUAAUAAUAUGGAUGCAGGAGAUAAAAAUGGAGAUGGAAAUGGCAAUGAUAAUAACGAAAACAACGGGAAAAAUAACGGGAAUGAAAAUUAUAGCAGUGCAAAAAGUAGUAGUAACUGCUCUAGUAGCAGUAAUGGCAGUAGUAGUAUUGCUACCGAGAAGGAAGGUAAAACAAAUCUUGAUAUUUAUUAUGAGCCUGGAGCCAAAAUAUAUAACUCAAUAAAAGGAUUCAUUGAAAAUAAUUGUUUUGAAAAUAUGAGAAGAUGUUUAAAUGUAAAAAGGUGUGAAAUAAUAUUCGAUGUGACUAAAAAAACAACAUCAUGUUUAAGUUUUUUAUCUAAAAAAGAAUGUGAAAACCGGAAAUAUAAAUUAAACUUUAAACAUAAUAUAAAAAAGAAAAAUAUUCGAAAAAAUAAAAAUGAUAAAAUUAUGAAUACAAAAAAGGAAAGGGGUCAAUGGUUAGGUUUAAGAAAAAAUAGUGAAAAUAUAUCACAAAAAAAAUUAAAUAAAAAUAAGUCUUCUUCUUAUGUUGAAUUUUAUACAAAAAAAUAUAAUUCAAUAAGUUAUGUAGAUAUAAACAAAAAUGGAGUUAACACAUGUUUGUUUAGGGAAAAAGUUCAAAAUAACGACGGACCAUUUCGAUCGUUUGAAAAAAUAGACAAAGUAAAAGAAUAUAGCAAUACUACAUUUAGAGAAAUAAAAAAAGAGAAUAAAAUGGGAUUGGAAAGUGGUACUACAACAACUGAUUUAAGAGGGACAUCUUUUAGGAAUUACAAAUUUUGUGAACAUGAUGAUAAAACGAGGAAAGAGACUAGUCGUAAUAACAAUAAUUUGUAUAAUGGUAACAGUAUAAUUUUGCUGAAUAAUAAUGGUAUUGAAAAAAAUGGGAAAAAUAUUAAAACAAGCAAUUAUUAUUAUAAAAAUAAUAUCCCUUAUGAGGAUAAAGUAAAGAGCUAUGAAAGUUUAGUAACAGGAAAUGAUUCAGUGACAAGUAACAAAGAUAUGUCUAAAAAAUGUCAUCUUUUAUCGUAUAAUAAUUUAACCAAUAAUUGUGUGAAAGAAAGGGGGAUAAAAAUGGAGGGUAUUCGAAAAAAAAAUAAUAAAAAUAAUGAUGACAAUAUUGAUACGCAUUAUAAUAAAUGUGUGGGGAAAAGCGAAAUUCUUGAAGUAAAGAAAACAAUAAAAGAGAAAAAAAAAGAAAAAAGAAAAGAAUUGAAAAAGGAUAGCACAAAAAAGAAAAAAAAGCAAAUGGAAAAAGUAGGACGAAAAAAUAACCAGAAAAAUAAGCGGGUAAAUAAUCAGACAAAUAAACGAACAAGUAAGAUAAAUAGAAAUGAAGGUAACUCGGAAUAUUUAGCUAAACCUAGUUGUCCCAUAAAUGAAAAUGGUGUCGUUUUAAAUAAUCGAUAUUAUAUAAUAGGUUUAAUAUAUUAUGGGGAUAAUUCACAGGUAUAUAAGUGUAUAAAUAUAAAAAAUAAAAAGACAUAUGCUAUGAAAGUUGUAUUAAAAGAAAGAGAGAACCAUAAUAAUGGUGAACAAAACGGGCUGAGUAUUGACAAGUUUAUGAAAAAAUAUAUGUUUUUAAAAAAAAAUCCACAUAAAAAUAUUAUACCGAUAUAUGAUAUAUUUAGUGAUAACAAUUAUAAUUUUAUUAUUAUGGAAUUUUGUAAAGGAUCGACAUUACUUGACUAUUUCAUGUCGUUAGUACCUGGUUCUUUACAUAUAUAUGAGAUUAAAAAAAUAAUGAAAAAUAUUUUUUUAGCAUUAGACUUUUUACAUUCUAGAGGUUUAAUACAUAGAGAUAUUAAACUUGAGAAUAUUAUGUUUACAAAAAAAAAUAUGAGGAAUUUUAAUUAUAGACAAUGUGAUAAUUUUGAUUUAGAUAAUUACACGGAUCCUUUUUUUUUAUUUGAGGAGAAGGGAAACACAUGUAAUCGUAGAACAGUUCGAAAUUCAAUAUUAAAAAAAUGUGAAUCAAGAAUUAGCCAUAAUAAUAAUAAACAGGAUAAUGAUUUAUUUUUACGAGCGAAAGAAAAUGAUCCUAUUCAUAAGGCAGAUGCAGACAAUUGUUGGAGUUCAAAUGGAGAUGUUGAAUAUGAAAUAGAUUUUGACACAUCUAGCAGUGACAAUAUUGAAUGGAGUAAUGAUUGGUGUGAUGAUCAUUAUCAAGAUGAAUCUGAAUCGUCAUACAAUUUCGAAAAUAGUAGUAGCAAUAUGUCAGAAGGUAGAGAAAUGCCACAAUGUUUUGAUACAUAUAAUAAUUUACUCGAUAACUUAGGCUCAUAUAGUUGUGGUGGGUCAAGCAAUAUCGAAAAUAAUAGCUUAAACAAUAUGAAUAAAAGUUUAGGAAAUAUGUUGAACCGUUCAACUAUACAAAUGAUAAAUAAAAAUAGUUUUCAAAAAAAAAAUAUAGCAAUAAAGAAAAAUAGUUCUUUAACAGUUAUUAAAUCGAAAAAAGUAGAGGAGCAAUAUUUAACAAAUUCUGAAAAGGCAAAAUAUGAAGACGCAGCAAAUAGAAAUGACUAUAAAAAAAAUAGUGACAAAAAGAACAGCUUUAAAAAGAGAAGGAAAUAUCUUCCAUACAAUUUAUAUGACAAUUUAUGUUUAAUUGAUAUGGAUAUGAUGGAAGAUAUUUCUAAUAAUAAUUCGAAUAAAAAUAAAAGACAAAAUAUAAUUUGCGGAACAGCACCAUAUAUGCCACCAGAAUCAUUUGAUGGAAUUUUAUCAGCAAGUAAUGAUAUAUGGGCAUGUGGUGUUAUUUUAUAUGCAUUGAUGGACGGACGAUUUCCAUAUGAAAUAUAUAAUACAAUGCCUAAUUAUUUAAAAAAAAAGGUUUUAACAUAUACAAAACCUAAUUUUGAUCCUUUUAUUUGGCAAGAAAGUCCAGAUUUACUUGAUUUAUGUUUGAGACUUUUAGAUCCUAAUCCAUUAACGCGAAUUCAAAAUGCCAGAGAAGCUUUAAUUCAUUGUUGUUUUUCUGAUAUAGUAUAA